AUGUCGUCAGAGGACCGAGAAGCUCAGGAGGAUGAAUUGCUGGCCUUGGCGAGUAUUUAUGAUGGAGAUGAAUUUAGGAAAGCGGACUCUGUCCAAGGGGGAGAAACAAGGAUCUAUUUGGAUUUGCCACAAAAUUUCAAGAUAUUUGUGAGCGGCAAUUCAAAUGAGUGUCUCCAGAAUAGUGGCUUUGAAUACACCAUUUGCUUUCUGCCUCCACUUGUGCUGAACUUUGAACUGCCACCAGAUUAUCCAUCCUCCUCCCCACCUUCAUUCACACUUAGUGGCAAAUGGCUGUCACCAACUCAGCUGUCUGCUCUGUGCAAACACUUGGACAAUCUGUGGGAAGAAUACCGUGGCAGCGUGGUCCUAUUUGCCUGGAUGCAGUUUCUUAAGGAAGAGACCCUAGCGUAUCUGAAUAUUGUCUCUCCUUUUGAGCUCAAGAUGGGUUCACCAGGAGAAGUGCAGGGAAGGGCAGCACAAGCCUCGUCGAAUACAGAGCUAGAUUUUGGAGGAGCUGCUGGACCUGAUGUCGACCAAGGGGAAGUUGUGGAUGAGAGAGCCGUGCAGGAUGUGGAAUCAUUGUCGAGUCUGAUCCAGGAAAUCUUGGACUUUGAUCAAGCUCAGCAGAAAAAGUGCUUUAAUAGUAAAUUGUUCCUGUGCAAUAUCUGUUUCUGUGACAAACCGGGUAGUGAAUGCAUGUACUUCUUGGAGUGCAGGCAUGUGUACUGCAAAGCCUGUCUGAAGGACUACUUUGAAAUCCAGAUCAGAGAUGGCCAAGUUCAGUGCCUCAACUGCCCAGAACCUAAGUGCCCUUCAGUGGCCACCCCUGGUCAGGUCAAAGAGCUAGUGGAAGCAGAGUUAUUUGCCCGUUACGACCGCCUUCUGCUCCAGUCCACCUUGGACCUGAUGGCAGAUGUGGUGUACUGCCCCCGCCCAUGCUGCCAGCUGCCUGUGAUGCAAGAGCCUGGUUGUACCAUGGGCAUCUGCUCUAGUUGCAAUUUUGCCUUCUGUACCUUGUGCAGAUUGACCUACCAUGGGGUCUCUCCCUGUAAGGUGACAGCAGAGAAGUUAAUAGACUUACGAAAUGAGUACCUGCAAGCAGAUGAGGCUAAUAAGAGAUUUUUGGAACAGAGGUAUGGUAAGAGGGUGAUUCAGAAGGCACUGGAAGAGAUGGAGAGUAAGGAGUGGCUAGAAAAGAAUGCCAAGAGCUGUCCAUGUUGUGGGACUCCAAUAGAGAAAUUAGAUGGAUGUAACAAGAUGACAUGUACUGGCUGUAGGCAGUAUUUCUGCUGGAUUUGCAUGGGUUCUCUCUCUAGAGCAAACCCUUACAAACAUUUCACUGAUCCUGCUUCCCCCUGUUUUAACCGGUUGUUCCAUGCUGUGGAUGUUAAUGGAGACAUUUGGGAAGAUGAGAUUGAAGACUAGUUAACUUCUGUUGCUCAAGAUAUAAAAGUGGAAUGGUUUUCCCUAAUCUUUUGUUUACUACACAAAGUUACCUUGCAGGAUAUUUAGGGUACCAUUCAUUCACUCUUCCUAUGUAGAAGAUAUAGAAGAACCAACCAGGUUUAUAUUUUCCUUUGAUACUACUGAUGAAGGCACAUUCAUAUAAUUGUCAGUGUAACAUAAAUUAGAAAAUUAUAAGCCAAAGGCUUAGAAAAUGAAAAGUAGAAAAUAUUACAUAAUACAGCUCUGCAUAGUUAAAAAUUCAGUAUUUAUUUUCUCUCCCAAGCUUUCAGUAAGGAGAGGGGUCAUGAGUUUAACUUACAGGCCCUUUUGUCUCAGAGGAGGAUCUCUCUAAGGCACUCCUGUUGGGGUCCCCUCAAUACUACUACUUACAACCAGGGUGGGUAGAAGCCUUAUUAAAAUUAUACUUGAGAGCUGUAACCUUUUACAAGCCUGAUCUCAUUUCCUCCAUGUUACCAACAUUCCUUCUAACCUAAAUUUCUGAAUCAAGUUCUCCAUGGAGGGAGUACUUUAUAAUUGAUGAGAUGGCCCAGUGUCAUUUUGAUCGUGUGCUUUUUCAGAAUAGAAAUGUAUAUAAUAAUUUAAAAAAUGUUUUAAUGCCACAGACACCGUGGGUCACCUGAUUUUUAUUAGUGGUGUAUAGACCACUAGUUUUGAGCCA